UUAUCGGUCGAGCACAGGUAUGAACCGCACCUCUGAAUAUUCCGUGGCGGUCCAAAAACCGCGGUGAUAAUCUAGCAAUUGCUUGACACGGCAACGGCGACCGUGCUCGGUUGGUUGGCCCGUCGCGCGUCAACGUUGCGAGGCGAUUAAAACCACGGCGUAGGUGGCGUAUACUUUCGCACGGUCUUCCCACGCCACCAUCGCGGCGACGAGACCACCGAACCAGAAGAAGCAGCAGCAGCAGCGAGGUUUCUUGCGGUUCCCUCCCACCGGACGAUCGCGUCGCGUCGACCAUGGCGAGCACCAGCGCGUCGUUCUCGGUCUCGGAGGCGCCGGCCACGGACGUAGCGAAGAGGAUGGCCGUCUCCAAGAACGCCGCCGAUGACAUGAUGCGCGUGCUGUCUAUCUACGACGCGCGCUUGCUCCCGAUGUCUCCUGCGGAGGGUGAACCGGCCGGGGAGGCGUACGGGUGCGAUGAGAGGGAGGAGCAGGAGGAGGAGGCGUUUGCGGCCGCGGAGGACGUCAUCCGCCGGUGCGACUCUUCGUCUUCGUCGUCCGGCAUGGCCGACUACCUGUACGCCGUCGACGACGCCCUCGCCGCGGCCUCGCUCCAGGGCGGCCUCGCCUCCCGCGCGGCCGAGGCCGUGCAGGCCGCCAUGCCGCGCCUGGAGGAGGAGGCGCGCGCGCUGCUCUGCUCUUCGUCCGCGCGCCGCCUCUCGCUCUCCUCGGACGACCUCGACGACGCGGCCACGCCGCCCGACGCGUCGCCGCGCCUCUCCCCGCGCGCGGCCGCCUCCGUCCGCGGCGUCGCGGACCGCAUGCUGCGCGCCGGCUACGGCCCGGAGCUCGCGCAGGUCUACGUCACCACCCGCCGCGACGCCAUCACGGAGGCCGUGGCGCACCAACUGGGCGCCGCCGAGCCCGUCGCCAUCGAAGAGGUGUUAAGGAUGGAAUGGCAGGUGCUCGACCAGAAGAUGCGCCGGUGGAACCAUGCCAUCCGGGCCGUGGUCAGGACCCUGCUCGCCGGCGAGCGGCGUCUCUGCGACGAGGUCUUCGCGUCCGACGAGGAGCUCGGCCACGAGUGCUUCGCCGACGUCUCCAGGGGCUGCGUCCUGCAGCUGCUCGGCUUCGCGGACGCCGUCGCCAUGUCUGCGCGCGCCACCGAGAAGCUCUACCGCACGCUCGGCAUGUACGAGGCGCUCGCCGACGUCGCGCCGGAGCUCGAGGCCCUCUUCACCGGAGACGCGCGCGAGCUCUUCUCCGCCGAGGUCUCAGCCGUCGCCGCGCGGCUGGGCUCCACCGUGCGCCGCACGAUCGAGGAGUUCGGAAGCGCCAUCCAGGGCGAGUCGUCGCGGAGGCCCGUGCAGGGCGGAGAGAUCCACCCAAUGAACCGCUACGUGAUCAACUACUGCGGCCUCCUCGCCGACUGCCGCAGCACGCUGGACAUGAUCCUCGUCAACACCGCCGAUGCGGUCGACGGCGACGAAGCCACCGGCGGCGGCGGGGGCGCUACGUCGACGCCGUCAGGGCGGUGCAUGCUCGAGCUGCUGACCCGGCUGCUGCGCAAGAUGGACGAGAAGUCGUGCCUCUACGACGACGCCGGCCUGAAACACAUAUUCCUCAUGAACAACCUCUACUACAUCGUGCAGAAGGUGAUGGACUCCCCGCUCCGGGAGCUCCUCGGCGACGACUGGAUCCGCCGGCACCGCGGCCAGAUCCGGCAGUACGAGACGGGCUACCUCCGGGCGUCGUGGAUCACCGUGCUGUCCGUCCUCAGGGACGACGGCGGCAGCGCGGCGCCGACGGUCAAGGACAAGGCGAGGAGCUUCAACGCGGCGUUCGAGGAGCUGUACCGGAACCAGACGGCGUGGAAAGUGAUCGACCCGCAGCUCCGGGAGGAGCUCCGCAUCGCCGUGUCGGAGCGGCUUAUCCCGGCGUACCGGUCGUUCCUGUCUCGGCCGAGGCCGCAGACGGGAUCGUCGUCCGGCGGCAGCCGGCACUCGGCGUCGAAGCACGUCAAGUACACCCUUGAGGAUCUCGAGGACUACAUGCUGGACUUCUUCGAAGGCGUGCAGAAGUUCGUCAAGUGAUCGGGGGAGCGGAGCAGAGGAGCUCUGCUUCUGACUGCAACAUUCUUCAGAGGCAGCAACAUUCUUCAGAGGCAGCUUUGUGCUACCAGAUCGUGAUCGGACGAUGCACUGCGGCACGGAUUCAUGAUUUGUUUUGGACGUCGAUAACAACCGACCGUUCCGUCUGGAGACCGAACGUUUCGUUCGGGAUGGAAGGGGCAUCGAUUGAAGAA